AUUUCUAUAUAAACCCCCCUCAACUCUCCUUGCCGUCUCAGCCGCCUCCAACCCUUUUAUCUCUACAGGCACACUAUCUGUGUGUUUGUGUUUGUGUUGGUGUUUUGUCGUUGAAAGUAAAAGAGAAACAUAAAACAACAAAAAAAAAACUAGCUAUUGACAAAAACAUGUGCGGUUCAGGUCCUAAUGUCUCCGAGGCUGGUGGCCGAGCCAUGAUCAUCGGCUCAACUGGGUUCAUCGGCCAGUUUGUGGCCGAAGCUAGCCUUGACUCAGGCCGACCCACUUACCUUCUUGUCCAAUCCAGUCAAGCCUCCCCUUCCAAGGCCUCCACCAUCAAAUCCCUGCAAGACAAAGGAGCCAUUACCAUAUAUGGCUCAAUAGAGGAUCGGGAUUUAUUGGAAAAGAUUCUGAAAGAGCACAAGAUUGAGGUUGUAAUAUCAGCUAUUGGUGGUGAUCGCAUCUCAGACCAGCUCAUCUUAGUUGAUGCCAUUAAAGCCGUCGGCACUGUUAAGCGGUUUUUGCCGUCGGAGUUCGGGCACGACAUAGACAGAGCAGACCCAGUGGAGCCGGCCCUGACUUUCUACAACUCCAAGAGAAUAGUUCGACGGUAUAUCGAGGCGGCUGGGAUUGCGUACACCUACAUUUGUUGCAACUCUAUUGCCGCGUGGCCUUACCAUGACAACACUCAUCCUGCCGAUGUUCUCCCACCAUUGGAUCGCUUCUACAUCUACGGCGAUGGCACUGUCAAAGCUUAUUUCGUGGCGGGUGCUGACAUUGGGAAAUUCACAAUGAAAUCCAUUGAUGAUGAUCGAACACUGAACAAAUGUGUUCAUUUUCGGCCAUCGAGCAAUUUACUAAACGUGAACGAGCUUGCCUCUCUGUGGGAGAAGAAGAUCAAGCGUGAGCUUCCCAGGGUCACCAUUUCAGAGGACGACCUUCUUGCUGCUGCCAAAGAUAUGCGCAUCCCAGAAAGCAUUGUUGCAGCCCUCACGCACGACAUUUUCAUAAAGGGCUGCCAAAUAAACUAUGCCAUGGAUAAGCCUAACGAUGUUGAUGUCUGCUCUCUGUAUCCGGACACACCAUUCCGAACCAUUGACGACUGCUUCAAUGACUUGAUCAAAAAUAGUGUUGACGCCCCAAAAGUAGUUGAGGAGCCAAUAAGCAACGAUGCCAUCAUUGCCCCAAACUCCAAACCAGAAGCAUUGGUUAUCACCGCAUGACAACAUUCCUCUUAACUGCCUUUGAUCAUUAAUUAGUUGUGUAUUCAAAAAUCUUCGACUUCUACAUCAUUUCCAAUUCUAGGGGGCGUCUGUUUCAUUCUAAA